AUGGGUUCCUUUCACCGUCACCGCUCGCUUAGCACAGCGACGGCGGGCUCGGGCUGGGCCUUGGCGGGCCUGGGCCACUGCGGCGGCUCCGGCGGCGAGAGCUGGGAGCUCCAACGCUUGGAGACGAAUCUGCGGCGAUGCCUCCAGCGCUGCCAGGAGCUGGCGCGCUGCUCCCACGUCUCCUUCUUGGACACGACGGUGGUCAGGGAAGGAAGCCGGGGCUUGACCUGGGGACUCUGCUGGAUCUACGCUGCGUGCCCCAAGCUCCUCAGCACUUUGCCCGGCUUUGCCACCUUCCGCAGACAGCGCCGUAAUGACGACGCUCGCAAGGAGCAAGCGGAGCAAGCGGAGCAAGCUGCCCCGCGAUCGUCCUCUGCUGGCAGCCAAUGGGGAGCUGCAGUCGCUGAAGCGACCGCGCAGACUCCGCACGUGCAGGUGACUUUGGCGCUCAGCCCCUCGCUGGCGGAGUCCUUGCAAGAUCGCUUCGAGCACCGGCAGCUCUGCGUGGCUCCUGGCGGCGGAGCUGGCGCUGGCGGAGCUGGCGCCAGGCCGAGGCUCCUGGCGAAGGCUCCCGGCUGCGGACUGGGACUGGAGGAGGAGGAGCACGCUCUCUUCGAGGUGAGAAGAGUCGAGGUCGAGGGCGUGUCUGGGGCGUCUCGGGCGUCUCGGGCGUCUCGGGUCCAGGUGGGUCCCCAUGAGUUGGUCUCCGUUUUCGUGGAGAUCUCUUGGAAGGGCUACAAGCUCUGCGCGGAAGGCGAGGAGAUCUCCUUGUCCCGCUGCGACGGGCCUUUGCAUUCCUCGCUUUGGGAGCUCCAGAGGGCCGGCGAGGGCCACGAGAGCCUUCCCAGCGAGCCUUGCCUUUGGCUCAGGAGCGCUGAGGCCGAGGCCCAGCAGGACGAAAGGAGCGAGCUCGGCGGCCGCUACUUGGCCCUCCAGGACUCUCGGCUGCAACUGCGGAGCCGGGGAAGCGGCGGCUGCUGGCACUUGGGGCAGAAGCAAACCUGGACGGAGCAGCACUUCCAGGCGGCGGAGGAGCCGGAGGAGGCUUACUGGUCCUUCGGACCCACGGACAUGACGGAGAAGACCCCCGUGGUCUGGCUGAUGGCCUCGAAAAGCUACCGCUUCCUUCUGGAGAGGUUAAAGCUCUCCUUCAGGCAGGCCGGAGAGGCUGUGAGAGUGCAGGUGCGUUGGGUGCCGGACAUGAAGGACACCAAGUUGGAGGGCUUCAAACUCAUGGGCUCCCUGUCGCCGAGCUACAAAGUCUUCUAUUUCAACUACGCCAAGUACCUCUUCCUCUUCGAGGCUUUGCUGGAAGCUGAGACGGCCUUCUCGGAGACACCGCUGCUAGUGGUCAUGGACUUGGACGUCCAGGUCUUUCCGGGCUGGACGAGCACUCUGCGCCGCUGCUUGGCAGAUGAUGGACUGACGCAGAGCGAGGAGGAAGAGGAAGGGACGCCUGGGACGCCUGCUGCUGCGCUUCCAAAAGGGGCGGAGGUGUGCUUCUUGCAGCAGGCGGCCUUUGGGGACGGGCGCUUGCAGCAGGCCAACAGCGGUGUCCUGGUCUUCGGCGGAACGAAGACGAAGAAGGAGAGUCAGAGAUCCUCUUUGGGGAGCUUCGGCGCCUUGUUGGGUGCCUUGGUGUCGCGGCUGCAAAGUCAGGAGAUCUUCGCGCAGCUCCUGCCGAACGGAGAGCCGGUGGCCUUCGAGCAGCUGCAUUUGAACUACGUCCUGAACUUCAUCCGAAAGCGAGCGGAGGCAGCGGAGCGUGGCGGCGGGAAGAUGAGCCUUGUCCGCUGGGGGAUCUACUCGCCCCUGGUGGCCUACGCCGGGAUGUUCCUCACACACGCCAUCCUCACGGACACGGUGCAUCAUGCCACGGCCAGCAAUGUGAAUCUCAAGGAGAAGCUCCGGUUUCUGGAAGCGGCCAAGCUCAUGUCGGAGGACUUCAGGCAGCUCUGCCCGCUGAACUUUGAGGGGAAGCUGUCUCAAAGCGGGCCUUUGGAAGAGUUCUGCUUCUAUUUCACGGCCAAAGAUCCUCACUUCGGGCCCUUGCUCCCGCACCACAAGCUCUUCCAAGGCUUCUCCGAAACAGAUAACGAAGUGGUCCUCAACCAUCUGAUGGAGAGGGCGAAGGGCCGCAAGGCUUGGAUCCAGCUGAUCAUCCACUUCAACGAGCGUGCCUACAAGCGCUGGUGCAAGGCACGGCAGAACACCUCGGAAACGCUUCGAAAGCUCCUGGAACUGCAAUACUGA